AUGGGGCUUCAACAGUUCAUGCAUGAGCAUCGGUUGUCCUUGCAUGAGUACGUGGCAUUUUUUGGUAUAAGACCCCAUUGUAAGUUGUGCCUCAACGAAAUUUUCGCCGGUUCUAGUUAUAGUUGCGAAAGGUGCAGCUUCUUCCUUCACAAAUCAUGUGGCAAACAACCCCGCACGUUGCAGCACCUAUUGCACCCGCAACAUCCUCUUCUCCUCAGAGAAAACCCAGAUGAUGAGCUAUGCUAUUUCUGCAACAACUAUAUACAUCCACACUCGGGCUUCGCUUACAAUUGUUCUCACUGUAAUUUUAACAUUCAUCUUAAAUGCGCUUCUAUGCCGCUCACCGUAGAAGCUGAAUUUCAUGACCACCCAUUGAAGCUGCUGCGGAAAUCUGUCUCCUUCACUUGCGAUGCAUGUGGGAAAGAAGACAAAAACGUGUCUUACUUAUGUAUCACAUGCUCACUCAUGGUCCACCUUAGAUGUGCUACCUUACCAAUGACUGUCAAACAUAUUAGUCACCGGCACGCCCUCGAGCUCACCCUCUCUUCUCAGGUAAAUCAAUCCGACCGUCAAAUUUGUCGUCUCUGUGUUAAGAAGGUGGAGACUCACAGAGUUUAUUAUUGCUCAAAAUGCAAUUUUGUUGCCCACCUUGAUUGUGCUACACGCGAGGGAGACACGGAUGCAACAUUUAUGUUGGAAUUUAAAGAUAAGCAGCCUCUCGAGUCGUCGACAGGUAUGCUUCAAAACAAAGAUGAAUCCAUUGACUCAUUAGCUUAUCUUGUCAAGAAGAUGAAGAUAGGAAAGGAUAAAAUUGAAAUAGCCGAAGAAAUCAAUCAUUUUAGUCAUCAACAUGACUUAAAGCUUACCCAGGAGGAGUUUCUGAACAACGAAAAAUGUGAUGGGUGUAUGCUUCCUAUAUCUACAUCCCGACAAUUAUACAGUUGUGCUCAAUGCGGAUUUUUUCUUCAUAAAUCUUGUGUUGAAUUACCCAGAAAAAACCGGCACCCAAUACUACACCCCCACCUUCUCACCCUCUACACAAAGGCACCUUACGCUUCUAGCAGCUUCAUUUGUAAUGUUUGUCGUCGUGGAGGUAAUGGUUUCACCUACCAUUGUAAGGAAUGCGAGUUUGAUGCAGAUGUCCAGUGUAGUUUGAUCACAGACAUGAGUGGAAUGGUGUUCCGGUUGGAUUGGCAGGAAGUAAAUGAUGGCGUUUCUCAUCGGUUGAUUGGCAUUCCGGUUGGAAAGAAGCAAGAAGGAAGCAAGGAGGGGUAA